AUUUUCAAGCAGCUAUGGCCCAGCGUAAAUUCCUAUGUACGGGACUUAAUUCGUGACAAAAUUCAACCGAAAAUGCAAAAGAAACUUCAGAAAUUCAAACUAACAGGAUUCAAAUUUGAGAAGAUGAUUUUGGGAAGCAUUCCGCCACGAGUUGGGGGCGUGAAAGUGUACGAGGCAAACGUUGCUCGACACGAGAUCAUACUCGAUUUAGACCUUUUUUAUGCAGGUGAUUGCAAUUUGAGCUUUACCAUGGGUGCUGGAGUUAAAGGCGGGAUUAAGGACUUUCAGUUGCAGGGAACACUGCGCGUCGUUUUGAAACCGUUGCUAUCCCGAAUGCCGUUAAUCGGUGGAUUGCAGAUUUACUUCUUAAACAAUCCCACAAUCGACUUCAACCUGGUCGGUUUCGUCGACAUUCUCGAUCUGCCAGGUUUUAGCGAUUUAUUGCGUCAGCUGAUCUUGGAGCAAGUGUCGUCUCUGAUGGUGCUACCGAACAAGUUACCGGUGAAAUUGAGCAAGCACGUCGAGUCGGAAAUGCUGAACGUUCCCGAGCCGGAGGGUGUAUUAAGAAUUCAUGUUAUCGAGGCGAAAAAUUUAAUGCGGAAGGAUAUUGGUAUUUUAGGUAAAGGAAAGUCGGAUCCGUAUUGUGUUCUGAACGUCGGGGCGCAGGAGCGCCGUACACAAACGAUUGACAAUACUGUAGACCCAAAGUGGGACUACUGGUGCGAGGCUAUGGUUGACUCAAUAGAAGGGCAGCUUGUUACUAUUCACGUAUGGGACUGGGAUCCAGGAUUUCCAGGUUCACAAAAUGACGAUUUACUUGGAAGAGCUGCAAUUGACAUCAAUACAAUCGCAAAGAAGGGAGAAGAUGAUAUGUGGAUCACCCUUGAACAAGCUAAACACGGCAUGGUCCAUGUACGGUUCACUUGGUUCGUCUUAACUACCAAUUACUCGGACCUACGUGCGGUGCUGGAGGAAACGCAAAUGCUACAAGUUACCUCGAUGAGUACAGCUCUACUCAUCAUUUACGUAGAUUCAGCCAAGGGUUUGCCUCAAGCCCGUACUCAAAGCAAACCCGAUCCGUACCUGCUGUUAACAGUCGGGCGAGAAAGCCAACAGACGUCAGUCAAGAAGAAAACUUCGGACCCGGUUUGGGAACAGGGUUUUAACUUUUUGGUUAAUAAUCCCAAUGCCGACACGUUGUAUCUGAAUUUUAUUGAUCAUAAAACAGGUGCUGGUCUAGGCGAGCUGACCUACAACUUGUGCGCCUUGUCUGAGAAACCUAAUUUGUGUGUCAAUUUACAGCCAUUUGGCUUAUUGAAGAGUGGCCCGCAGGCCAAGCUUACAUUUUCAAUGCAUUUAAGGAUUUUGAAACAUUAUAUUCCCGAAGCCGAGGACCACAUUUCCAAGCUUAAGCGUAACGAUUCUGAACUGUCUACAGGUUCAAAAAGAACGAUUUCGCGCGAAAGCUCAUUAAAAAGUGAAACAGAAUCUAAUGUACAAGAAGGUACAGAAUCUCUCGAGCAGAUUUCUGUCCCUUUGCAGUCUGCUGUUCCACCAGAAUCUCAAGGCAACGGUCUUACUCAUAGGACUCUUACUGACACUUUUUCGGCAGGGGAGGCCGGUCUUGGACGGAUUCAAAUCACACUGCGCUACAGCGUUCAAAGACAGCGGCUAAUUGUGGUUAUUCACAAGAUAGCCAAUCUGCCUUUGCCAUCCAAAGAUCCGUCUAACAUACCCGACCCGUAUGUCAAGCUGUAUUUGUUACCAGGUAGGUCGAAGGAAUCGAAACGAAAAACACAGGUUGUGAAAGAUAAUUGUAACCCAGUUUUCGAUGUAACUUUCGAGUAUGUACUGUCCCAAGGAGAGUUACACACCCAACAGCUUGAAGUAACGGUAGCUACACAAAAGCAGUUAUUUUCAGGAAGUAACACCAUGGGCCAGGUGCUUAUUGAUUUGGGCAAGUUUAAUUUAACCCAAUCAAAUACAUUUUGGUUCGAUCUACAACCAGAAGUUGAAUCUUAAAUGUUUGCCGUGCGAUUGAUGGUGCCUUUUAGAAGUGCUUCACUGUAAGCUUUUAAUAAUGUUGUUUAUAUACAUAAUUAAUUGUUAUACUAACUUAUUCUCAUUGUAUUUACUCUAUUAUUGUACAAACCUGGAUGUCAUUAUAAAGAUUAGUGGUGAUAUUUAUAAACAAUUCUCAGAU